CCCGCCUUCGCGUCCUUCGUUGCCGUGGCGCCAGGGCCCCGUGCGCGCUCCGUAGGCCGCCUGACGGGCGGGGUUCCCGGUCGUCAUGGUGACCGCGUCGUGGCCCGAGGGAGCCUCAGGCGCCGCCGCUGCUCCAGGAGAGCCGCCGGGCUCGGGGCCCGAGAGGAUGAAGAUCGGCCGAGAAGAGAGCAGCGAGUCCGAGAACGAAAGCGACGAGGAGGACGAGGAGGAGGACGGCGGCCUGUCGGACGAGUCUGCCAACGAAUGCCUCAAGAGGCCGGAGGCCGAGCAGAAGGAGCCUCCGCGCGCCUCCCCUCCGGACAAAGGCCCAGAGCCCGGCCGGGAACAGCCCGGGGCCGGCCCGGAGGAACCCACGGCGGAGGAGGGCGAGCCGGAGGAGCCCCGGCCGAAAAGGAAGAGGAGGCACCGGCUGCUUUCCAUCAACCUCGCGAACUGCAAAUACGAAAGCGUUAGGCGUGCUGCUCGGCGCUGUGGCCUGAAAGAAGUGGGGGAGGAUGAGGAGUGGACUGUUUACUGGACUGACUGCUCAGUUUCACUGGAGCGUGUCAUGGAAAUGAAGAGGUUUCAGAAAAUCAACCACUUUCCUGGCAUGGCCGAGAUCUGCCGCAAAGACCUGCUGGCCCGCAACCUCAACCGGAUGCUGAGGCUCUUUCCCAAGGAGUACUGCAUCUUCCCUCGCACCUGGUGCUUGCCAGCUGACUACGGGGACUUCCAAGCCUAUGGGCGAAUGAGGAAGAACAGGACAUACAUUUGCAAGCCGGACAGUGGCUGCCAGGGGCGGGGCAUCUUCAUUACCCGGAACCCCAAGGAAAUAAAGCAUGGCGAGCACAUGAUCUGCCAGCAGUAUAUUACUAAGCCCUUCCUCAUUGAUGGCUUUAAGUUUGACAUGCGCAUUUAUGUCUUGGUCACCUCCUGCGACCCCCUGAAGAUCUUUGUCUAUGAGGAGGGGCUGGCCCGCUUUGCCACCAUGAGGUACAUCGAGCCCAACAGCAGCAACCUGGAUGACAUCUGUAUGCACUUGACCAACUACGCCAUCAACAAGCAUAAUGAGAACUUUGUGCGGGAUGACAACACGGGCAGCAAGAGGUGGGCAACAAGGCAUACCUGUGUCCUGAUGGGAAAGGCUCUGUCAAGAUCUCCAUCUCAGAAGGAGCUGGGGGAAGUCUCUCUGCCCAGAGCAAAUGGCUGUACCCACCCUGGACAAGGCUGGGAACAGAAGCUGUCCACCCUGAACACUUGGAUGCGGGAGCACAACUAUGACACAGCUGAACUGUGGCGGGACAUUGAGGACAUCAUAAUCAAAACGCUCAUUGCUGCUCACCCAGUUCUGAAGCACAACUAUCGCACUUGCUUCCCCAACCACAUCUCUGGUUGUGCCUGCUUUGAAAUUCUGGGCUUCGACAUCCUCCUUGAUCGGAAACUCAAACCGUGGCUUCUGGAGGUCAACCAUUCUCCCAGCUUUACCACGGACUCGCGUCUGGAUCGGGAAGUGAAGGAUGCCUUACUUUGCGAUGCAAUCAAUCUCAUCAACCUGCGGGCCUGUGACAAGAAGAAGGUGCUGGAAGAAGACAAGAGGCGGGUGAAGGAGCGCCUUCUGCAGCCCCACCAGCAGCCCCGAGAAGCCAGGCGUGAACAGAUGGAGAGCAGCCAGGCCGCCUGGCUGGCCCAAGCAGAGAAGUAUGAGAACAGCCACCUGGGCCACUACCGGCGAAUCUUUCCUUCACAUGGCACUGAAAAGUACAGCCCUUUUUUCAAGCACAGUGGAUCCCUCUUCCAAGAGACGGUAGCCUCCAAGGCCCGAGAAGAGUGUGCCAGGCAGCAGCUGGAGGAGAUCCGUCAGAAGCAGGAGCAGAGGGAGAACACAGCUGGGAGGAAGAAACGGGAAGUGAAGGAGAGCUUGCAGGGGGAGUCAGCUGGAGAGAAGGCUCAGGAGAAGAGCAAGGGCAAGGCUGCCCUCACCCGAAUGGCGUACAGCCACAGCAAGACCUGGAGCCCCAAGAUGGCUUCCUUACAGUAUGACAGCAUGACUCCCCAAGCAAUAGUGGAGGAAGAGGAAGUCGAGAGAGUCAAGGCCCUCCUGCGGCGAGAAAACCUCAUCCGGGGGCUUGGCAUUGUUGACCAGCUGACCCGCCUGCUGCGCAGUGCCGAGCCAAAGCCUGUGGAAGUCCAGAGGCCCCACAUCAAUGUCUCUGAAUGCCAGCCCCAUUUUCUCCAGGAUGUGUUCAACAACCACAACACCCAGGACUUGAUGACCCUUGUUCCCCUCUCCCUCCUGAGGGGCUCAGCUCAGGAGCUCGGCCGCCAGAUCCUGCAGCAGCAACCCACAGCACGAGUCCAGCUGCUGGGAAACCAAGGCUUCAUCCCAACUAUCCUGGGAGCCCUCUCGGGCCUUGGCCCCCCUCGCGAGCCACAACUCCACUUCCAGCCACCCAGGAACCUCAGCUGGCUGGGCACAGCCAUGGUGGGCGAACCUUGCACUCUGGCGCGGAUGCUGAAAGCAGGAGGGCGGCGCUUUGCCAGUGCCAAGAAUAAAGCAGAAGGCAACAGAGUUUCAUCGAGCAAGAGACCCCUGUACAUGAGCCCCGGCUCCUUGAAUUGCCUGUCCCACCCUGGAAACGUCGCAGGCACCAUAUACAGCAGCUUCCCCUUCCCGUCUGUUGCAGCUCCUCUCAACCGUGCUGAUCUGCAUGGACUGGCCAUCAACUCGGCUUCAGCUCCCCUCAUCCGGCGCGGGAGUCCCCAUCGUGCCACCACUGUGGCUGCUAUGCAUUCCAGCCAAGCCAGGAAGGGGACCUGACCCGAAAUCUCAGCGGAUCCUUGGAGCCCAAAGAGUUGGGGCUGGGGGGCGCCUAUUACUGAUCCAUGUGCCGGGGGGCAACAGCAGAGAAUGAAUCUCUGCCCUGGUGCAUCCAGACACCUGCAUCUCUUUCAGCCAUUCUCCCCAAAACUUCCACCUCUGCAGAGCCGUGUUUCCCCUCCAGCUAACAGCAAGUUCUGAGAACGGUUCUGUGCACUUGGGCUGCACCCCUCCUCUGCUCUCUCUGCAAGCCAGGUUCCCGCUGCAGA